GAUUUUCAGAAUGUAGUAGGGUGACUACCUCUCAAAUUUCUUCCUUUCUCCCAUCAGGAAAGCAAUAGAAGAACUUCUUAAAGAGGCAAAACGUGGGAAAACGAGGGCAGAAACAAUGGGACCUAUGGGCUGGAUGAAGUGUCCUCUUGCUGGUACAAAUAAAAGAUUUCUAAUUAACACAAUUAAGAACACACUGCCCUCUCAUAAGGAGCAAGACCACGAACAAAAAGAGGGCAGUAAGGAGCCCGCGAGAAGCCAGAACCAGAAGGAGGCGAGCCGGCAGAAGCACAGGACGCACCCCCUAACGACGCGAGGGCGCGCAGACCGGGGCGCGCCCGCCGCUCCGCGCCGACGGACGACGGGCGAACGGGCUUCCCGGCUGGUCCGCUGUCCUGACCGCAGAAAAUCACCCAAGACUCCGAGGGGAGAGGACAAAGGGGCCGCUCUGAAGACGUCUUGGCGAGUCUGA